AUGUGUCGACUGGACCGUGUGGUUAUUUUCGGUUGCGUUUGCAGCAUUGUACAUGCGAUCCCUGUCCAGCGGCGACAAAUUCUUAAUCCUCUCGAUUCCUUGAACAGCGUGGCCAGCGAAAUCUUUGGCGUCGCUACUGCUUUAGCUGGCCCCAAACCUUCUGUGAACACAGCAACGGCAUCCACGACGCCAUCAGCGGAGACUCCGCCACCUUCAACAGCGAACACACAAACAUCUACCUUGCAGAGCUCAAUACAGCCACUCGGGCCAUCCACAACCGCUACAGCCCAGACAGUCAGCGUACCAUUAUCGGGAACAGCAACUCAGGUGUCCACUGGUCCUGAUGGGAUUUCUGCCUCGUCGUCCGGUUUCCUCGCCUCAGCCGCGACGGACUCGGCUGGCCUGGUAGCCACAUCAUCGGGCUCAAGUGGGACGGCAGUGUCGAUAGUCUCGAUCGUCCCGACAACCACUAGCAACAGCAGUCCAGCGAGUUCAAGUUCUAGUCCCGGCAGUGGCUCCGACUCUGGGUCCGGAUCUGGAUCUGGAUCUGGAUCUAGCACCGACUCAUCACCAACCGAUUCGCAAACGUCGGGCGGCUUAUCCCCAGCCGAAACAGCAGUGACGGUCAUCUUCCCGGUCCUGGCGUUGAUCGGCAUCGCUUUUUUUCUGUGGCGCUACUGCCCUCCCCUCCGACGACGCUAUACCGACUGGCGGCAACAGAGGCUCGAACAUCGCGCGUACCGGAGAGCGCUGGAUGACCCAGUCCUAUCAUUCGGAGUGCGUGAGAAGGGCCUGGGCCUGGGCAUGGGCGACGUGGAGCAAUUGAUGCGUCCGCUAUCGUUUGGCUUCCAAACCCCUCAGCGGCAAGGCAUCAGACGGAAACCGCUGAACUGGGAUGCCGGCCGCGUCGGGGCUGAUGGGAUAUCUGCAAUUGGCAUGGCCGUUCCAAUGGGCGAGCAUAGCAGGACAGGAAGCCAGAGUUCAGAGGAGAGCCACGCUACGAGGUAUGAGGAUGGCCGGUUAGAUGAGACGUGA